AUGUCUGUUGAUGAUCUUAGAGAGUCUGAUGAUUUUGAGAGCUCGGAGGACGAGGCAAGUGAAAAAAUUUACAUUUCUAAACGGAAGAAGGGUGCAUGUGGUCGGUUCGUUGGCGACUCAUCAUCAAGGUCGAACAGACGACCCGAAGAGGUUGACGUGUGGACCGUUACUGGUCCAGUACCUGGUGGACCCGAGGAUGACACUGUUAUUCCUAGUUUUCUCGGACAUGUCGCUUCUCGGCUAUGGGAUGGGGCAGACAGAGGCGUGCUGAAGUGUCAGACUAGACAUGGAGCUCUUCGGAAGCUGAGACAGUGGUAUGAGACGGCCUUAGAGGAGGUCAAGGUGCUGAUAGACGGGACUGAGUUAUCACAUCUCCCAUAUAUCAUGUUUGAUCAUCUGGAUAUCCCGCUCCUUUCUGCAUUUGUGGAGCGAUGGCAGUCAGAUACAAACUCUUUUCACAUGCCAUUCAGGGAGAUGACCAUCACAUUACAUGACGUGUGGCAUAUUCUUCGCAUUCCAGUUGGUCAGCCGAAUAAGGCUCAGCUGUUGGCUUACUGCAUACAGAUUUUAGGUAUUUCACUAGAGGAUCUGGUGAGUAAGACGACCAAGCAUUUUUCCCAGGGAGGUGUGUUGAUUGAGUCGAUCAUCAGCUUAUGUAGGCGUGGCCGUACUGCAGAGAGUGGCCAUCGCAUUAGACCUGCAACCAUAUGGGAGGUACGGGAUGGAGUCUCAAAUACGAGUACAUUUUCCUUGGCCUCAGCUACACUUGCUUAUCUCUAUCGGCAACUUGGAAUCUCAUCGAGAGGAGAUUGCUCGGGUUUGACUGGUUGGAGUGCUACUGCGUCAGAGUGUUCAGGCACCCGACUUCGGUCCCUUCAAGCUCUUUUGGACCUGCUGACUGCUGAGGAGAUCACGUGGCUCCCUUUUGGCGGCGAGCCUGCUGCCAGUGUAGAGCACACUGCAUAUUAUGGGUGGAUAGCGUACCGGGACAUUGUCGAGCCAUACAUGCCUUCUAGGGUGCUGCGACAGCUGGGUUAUGUGCAGACUGUACCUGUGCCAAUUUUUCGGCCAAUAGGGGUUGUUAGGUCCUGGAAGUCACUCAAGUACUCUGUGGACAUGAGUGUGACGAUUGCGGUUGACAUGUGGAACGCUUUUCUGACCAUGUACAAGCUGCGUUGA